AUGAAGACUGUGAUUCUCUUUAGUAUCACAAUCACUUGUGUUUGUUUUAGAAGUUUUGUUUCAAAUGCUAAUCCUCUACCAUAUGAAGCCAUAUUCAACUUUGGUGACUCAACAAGUGAUACCGGAAAUUCUGCAUUUGACCACCCACCUAUGGACAAAAGUAGUCCUUAUGGUUCAACGUACUUCCAUCAUCCCGCAGGACGUUUGUCCAAUGGACGACUCAUUAUAGAUUUUAUAGCUGAAGCAUACGGGUUGCCGUUUUUACCGGCUUAUAAGAAGAUCACCCAAAGUCAAGAGGAUAUAAAAAAGGGAGUUAAUUUUGCAUAUGCUGGUGCAACUGCACUUGAGUUUAAGUAUUUCGUUCGUAGUGGAGUCAGACCACCAUCGACAGAAAACUCAUUGAAUGUGCAGUUUGAUUGGUUUAAGAAACUAAAACCAUCAUUGUGUAAUAGCAAAGAAGAAUGUGAAACCUUCUUCAAACAAUCAUUGUUUAUAGUGGGAGAGAUUGGUGGAAAUGAUGUUUUUUCACAUAUUUCUAAAACCGUUACAGAACUUCGAGAAGUAGUUCCCUUAAUUGUUGAAUCCAUUACAAAUACAACCUCGUUAUUAAUCGGAGAAGGAGCAGUAGAGCUAGUGGUUCCAGGAAACUUUCCAAUAGGCUGCAGUGCUGCAGUAUUGGCUACGGUGAACACUAAGAAGAAAGAAGACUAUGAUGAAUUUGGAUGUUUGAUAUCUUACAACACUUUUACUGAAUACUUUAAUGAGCAACUAAAACAUUCUAUAGAGACAUUAAAACAGAAACAUCCUCAAGCUAAGAUAGUAUAUUUUGACUACUACAACGAUGCCAAACGUUUAUAUCAAGCACCCGAACGAUAUGGAUUUACUUCUGAUAAGAUUGAGAUUUUGAAAGCUUGUUGUGGAGGUGACGGGCCAUACCAUGUUAAUGAAAAAUUUUGUGGAACACCUGGUACAACAUUGUGCUCCGAUCCUUCAAAAUUAAUAAAUUGGGAUGGAGCUCACUUUACAGAAGCAGCUUAUAGACAAAUAGCAAAAGGUUUAGUGGAAGGUCCAUUUGCAAAUCCUUCUUUAAAGUCUGCUCCUUUUAAGAUAACAUAA